UUCAAAUUUAAAUUUUAAUCAUUUGCUUCGAUUCCUAUUAGCACAAUACAAAUACAUUUGAUUAAGUGAUUAAUCAAACACAAUUGAAAAAUGUUCUUUCCGUUUUCUUUUUAAAGCAUUAGACGGAUAAUCGGGGGCUCCCUUUUGCUCCGUUCCCUUGGUUUUAGCCGAUUCAAGUUUACGUGGACAAAAAUUUCUCUCUUUUCUCUUUCCCUUCCCCUUUCCUUUUCCCUUGAGCAAAGAAAUUGUUGUAGUUAUCCAAUGUCGGGACAUCUUUAAGAAUGCCCCAACUUGAUUUCGGGGAAGUUUUUGGUACUCUUUAAUACUGUACAUGAUAGGUUUCCAAAGAUACUGAUCUUUCAAAAGAUUCGAUUGGUACUGCCUUGAUAGAUAAAGUUAUAAUUUUAUUUUAACAUAAAUCCAUUUAAUGGAGGCCUGUGGUGCACGUCAACAGACUUGUACUCAAACUCUCACUGCAAAAGCCAGACACAGGCAUCGUGGGGGUGAUUGAGACUGCUUGUCGGAGAUCUGUGUUAAACGAACAGCCUCAAGGUGCUUAUUGUUGCGACGAGUACCUACCAUUUUCUGCCAUGUAAGCUGAUCGUUAGGCCCGACGUGCAUUUGUUUGGUUUCAAAGCGAAACUCUGCCACCCUGACCCUACCUAGUGGACCUGCCUUUUGGUCACCAACUUAGCACCUCUAAAUAUUUUAUUCCAUUGUUUUUCCCUUCUGAUCCUCUACUUCAUCCAUCAUCUUCAAAUUUUUAGCUUAACAACUCAUUUAUCAGGUGGAGAUCAUCACUGUUAGUACUACAAAAUUUGCUUUUUAGACAAAAUAAAAGAUUUUAGGAGUGGUUUAUAGUAAUUUAAUACAAGUAAACAAAUCAGAGGGACAGAAAUACUUGGGACAGGGUUUAGGCGUGUGGUUUUGGAAAUAUUCUAUUGCUCACAAAAAAUUUUGCUUUCCACGUAAGCUAUUACCAUGACAACCACAUGUUAAAAAAUACACCAAAUUCCCGGACAACCAAUCAAUGGCAAGAACAAAUCUUGCAAGUUAAAAACCAAUGCUCCCCAACCCACAUGGCCCUCAGAUAAGGAUAAAACCCAGAAUCAUCCUCCACUCUUCUCACUAUCCCUUGUACGUCAAAACACAAGCCCGGUUCCUAGCUCUAUGACAUAAUCAAACUGUUUUCCGAAUUAUCCAUUUAUAAAUUCCACGUAAAACUUGAUAUAAUAAUUAAAAUAUUUAGCUUUCGUUUUUUAAAUACCCAUUUGGGCCCUCAGAAAACACACGCCAAAAAGAUACAGAGAAAAAAGAAAGAGAUUUUGAGUUUCAGAGAUGGAGAAACAGAGCAACACCCAGAGAAUUUCUUGGACUAGAGGGAAGUGUUUAGGCAAAGGCUCGUUUGGUACUGUAAGCUUGGCAAUCAACGAAUCAGGAGACACCGUUUUCGCAGUUAAGUCCGUCGAUUUAGCAACGUGUCUUCCGAACCAGUGGGAGUCUUUGGAGAACGAAAUUAGGAUCCUACGUUCGCUUUCCUCUCCGCAUGUCGUUGAGUAUCUCGGCGAUGAUGUUACCAGGUAUGAGUCCCCGACGACGUCUUACCGGAAUCUUCACAUGGAGUACUUGCCAGGUGGCACCGUUGCUGAUGUGGCGAUUAUUAAACGCCGGUUGGCUGACAUGGAUGAGAGGAUUUUGAGGUGGCAAACGCGGUGCUUAGUUUCGGCUCUGAAGUACGUGCACGGUGAAGGCAUUGUGCACUGUGAUGUGAAAGGGAAAAAUGUUUUGGUGGGCCCUGAUUUCACCUCCGUAAAGCUCGCGGAUUUCGGCUCAGCGAUUAAGAUUAAAAGGGAUGACGCGGAUGACAGGUGUAGGUCCCUCAUCACGCCACGUGGAAGCCCUCUCUGGAUGGCUCCGGAGGUGAUUCGCGGUGAGUAUCAAGGACCGGAGAGUGAUGUUUGGUCCUUAGGCUGCACCGUAAUCGAGAUGAUCACCGGGAAGCCAGCUUGGGAUGAUCAAGGUUUCAACUCACUGAAUCGAAUCGCUAACUCGGAUGAAUUGCCCGACUUACCGACUCAGUUUUCUGAGCUUGGUAAGGAUUUCGUGGAGAAGUGUUUGAGAAGGAAUUGGAAUCAAAGGUGGAGCUGCGAUCAGCUGCAGCGGCACCCAUUUUUAGCAUCGGCUUCAGCACUGAAUAUGAUCGGGGAAUCAUCUCCACGUUGCGUGCUCGAUUUCGCCAGCUCGCAUUUCGAAGAGGACGCAGAUGCGGAGAACUUUGAAGCAUCGGCGAGGGAGAGGAUCGAUAAAUUAGCGACGGAAGGAGGGGUAAUUUGGGAAUCGGAUGGAUGGGUGGCGGCAAGGAGUUACGCUCGUGAAUCAGGUGUGAAUUGUGAGGAAGGAACCAGUACGGAAUAUCCUGAGUUGAUGAGGACAGAGAAGGGAACAGAGGGGACAAAUUCGGUAAAUUCGGGUUCGAUGGGAAUUAGGCAAGGAAUUGAGAGGACAGAUUUGGAAUUUUCUGAUUGUUUUGACAGUAGUAACUCGGUUGAGUGGCAGUGUGGUAACUACGAGGAUGUGAGAGUGUUAAAUUCGCCAAGUCGUGCUCUACGGUGCGGUGGGUGGAGGUCCGAGUGCUCUUCUGGUUCCAGCUGUCGAAAUGGCUCACAAAAGUUGGAGUUAACGGUGCUGAAGGGGGAGUCUAGAUUUUACAGAUUUUGUAAUUUAUUACACCUAUUUUUGUGUAAUUUAAAAAUAUUCAGAUAUAUUUUAUUGGUGUAUUCA